CCCCAGUUUAGCAUCCUGGAGUCUGUGGAUGGGCAGCCCAUCGCUCACUAUGACAGCAAGACGAAAGAGUAUCUCUCUCUAGUGCCUUGGAUGGAGAAGGUGAAGAAAGAGGAGUCGCUUUGGGAGGAAUACACUGGAAUAGCAAAGAAGGCAGAACAGGACUUUGGGAGAAACCUGGUAACCUUACAGAAGUACUACAACCACAGUGAGGGAUUUCACACCUUGCAGUGGAGGUAUGGUUGUAAACUGAGUCAUGAUCAGCUACGAGGAGGUUCUGACCAGGACAGUUAUGAUGGGAGGACUUUUAUCAGCUUUGACAAGGAGACACUCAGCUGGAUAGCAUCUGAUACGGCAGCUCAACUGUCCAAGAGGAAAUUGGAAGGGAAACCAUCAGUUGCCAAGCACAUAAAAUACUACUUGGAGGAAACUUGCAUUGAAAUGCUGAGGAGACGCAUCACAUAUGGGAAGGAAGUUCUGCUGAGAAAAGAGCCCCCAUCAGUGACAGUCACAAGUAAGACAGAGGCCAGCCAAAGAGAAACCCACAUCUGCCGAGUGGAUGGUUUCUUUCCCAAAGAUAUCAAAGCAACCUGGAGGAAGGAUGGAAAAAUCUAUCUGAAGGACACUUUGCAUGGAUUAGUUGCCCCCAGCUCAGAUGGAACAUAUCACUUCUGGCUCAGCAUUACGAUUAAUCCUAGUGAACGGAAUCACUUCCAGUGUCAUGUAGAGCAUGACAGCCUGAAGAGUCCUCUGAAGGUGGUUUUGAUGGUGCCUGCACCCCACGCAGUGUCUAUUAUAAUCACUGUUCUGGCAGCCAUUUUCAUGGUCCUAGCUAUUGGAUGGUUGCUGUGCUUGGCGGUACACAUACAAAUAAAAUUUUCCCAAGCAUCUCCAGGUAGGUUGGCAUACAUUUGAUCUUGUUUUUAAUAAAAUAUUGGUAGCUCAGGGUUGAAAUGAUGGGUCCUUGGUGCUCUUUAAGCUCGCUUUCUUACAGAUAUUUCAUUACUAAGUACUUACCAUUACAUACCAAACUAAAUAACAUCAUAAGUGCUAGCAAAGAGUCGAGUUUUGCUCUAUGGUUUUUACUCUUAAACAGGGGAGAUGGAGAUGUGAUCGGUUAUUAACAUAUGUACUUUGCUAUCUUCUGGUAAGUUGCAAAUGGUAGGCACUUGGAUUUUCUUGGGCAAGGAACAGCAAAGAAGCUUCUUGAAUGAGAGGCAAAAUGUUUUAAAGGGGGGAAAAUCCAAGAAAAUCAAGUUGCUUUUUGAAAAAGCACCUUUAGGAGAUUCUAAGAAUUGUUAAGAGAUUGGAUAGAGAGGAACAAGGGUAGAUUAAACUUUUGCAACAUGAAAGUGCUAGUUAUCAGAAAAUCUCUUA